AUCAGCAUAGUAUAUAAAAUUCCGUUCUCUCAGUCCUGUUUCCCCGCCGCCGCCUCCAAGCGCCCCAGCGAGCCAGCUCCGGCGAAGUCAAUCCUGCGCUCCGCAGGCAGCAUCAAGCAUGGCGGACACGAAGGCGUCACCCGCGGUGACGCUCCGCACGCGCAAGUUCAUGACCAACCGCCUCCUCUCCCGCAAGCAGUUCGUGCUCGAGGUUCUCCACCCGGGCCGCGCCAACGUCUCUAAGGCGGAGCUCAAGGAGAGGCUGGCUAAGAUGUACGAGGUGAAGGAUCCCAACUGCAUCUUCGUCUUCAAGUUCCGCACCCACUUCGGAGGCGGCAAGUCUACCGGAUUCGGUCUCAUCUACGACAACGUCGACUCAGCCAAGAAGUUCGAGCCCAAGUACAGGCUUAUCAGGAACGGUCUUGCUACCAAGGUGGAGAAGUCGCGCAAGCAGAUGAAGGAGAGGAAGAACAGGGCGAAGAAGAUCCGCGGUGUGAAGAAGACAAAGGCUGGGGACGCCAAGAAGAAAUGAGCAAGGUUUCAGUGUACUUUAGCCGUCUUGAGUUCGAGUAACACCUGUUCGCCGUCAGAAAUUUUGUACCCCAUGUCGCAAUGCUUUGAUCUAGAAAAAGAGUUUUUUUAGCUGUUUACAUCGACUACUGGUACAUUUGAAAAGGCAUAUUCCCCAUCUUUGUGGCAAUGUCGGGGCGAUACCAUGCUGGGCCGAGAAUUUUUAACGAAGUUAUACUUUUGAAAGA